GCGACUCCCCGCAGCACCCCCAUUUUCGACGCGCAGCCAAAAAGAGCCCGCCAUGACGGCCACCAUCUGGGAUAUCAUGAAGCGUAAACCUUCUUCGCAAAGGUCGCUCUCUUCGUCUCCGUCGCCCAAGAUGUCCCCCGGCUUGAAGACUGAGUCGCUGAGAUCUGUUAGCACCGCUGCCAGCUCCAUGGAGGUUGUGCCUGCAAAUGGCCAACCCGAACGACCGAGUUUCAGCGAUGUCGUGGUGGUCGGGGCUGGGCCUGCGGGGCUGAUGCUUGCGGAUAACUUGGUGCGGUUUGGAAUUAAAACCGAAGUUGUGGACAACAGGCCUGAGAUGACCUCCACCGGACGAGCAGAUGGUUUACAACCCAAGACAGUCGAGACUCUGAGGCAGAUGAGGCUAGCAGAGCCUCUGCUUAGGAAAGGUGUGAAGGUGUAUGAUAUUGCUUUCUGGAGAUCAACAUUGAAGACCAAAUUGCAACGCACUGGACGCGAAAUUCACUACCCCCCAUUCGUCGACCUCCUCGAUCCCUACAUCUUGCUUGUUCACCAAGGCAUGAUCGAAAAACUUUUCAUAGAUGACAUGGCAGAAAGAGGAGUGGGCAUACGACGAAAUACCGCGUUCAUGGAUUAUCAUUAUACCCCAGAAAAGACGAUGCCUCUGGAGGCCGUCUGCAAAGAUAAUGUCGGUCAAACGAAAAAAAACUUCGGCACGAAGUACAUUGUUGGAUGCGACGGUGCACAUUCGAUGGUGCGGAAAUGUCUCCCUGAUUCGAGGCCUGAGGGUGCUUCUCACGAUGCUAUCUGGGGCGUGUUGGAUGGCCAGAUCGACACUGAUUUCCCGGAUUUCUGGAGCAAGGCGGUGAUUUCGUCUGAGGAACGUGGUUCGGUGCUCAUGAUUCCGCGAGAACGGAAUCUGACGCGGCUGUAUAUUGAACUCAAAUCAGAUGCUCGGGAAGGCACCACGCGAGAGGAGCUAUCUCAAGACUUCGUGAUGAAGAGAGCGCAAGAAAUUAUGUCUCCAUUCUACCUCAGGUGGAAGAGUGUCGAAUGGUUCAGUCGCUAUCAAAUCGGUCAGCGAGUGGCUUCGCGCUUCACAGAUGAUGUGGACAGAGUUUUCAUUGCUGGAGACGCGAGUCAUACACAUUCUCCCAAGGCAGCCCAAGGGAUGAAUACCUCGAUGCACGAUACCUGGAACUUAGCAUGGAAACUGAACUUUGCCGUCCGUGGGCUCGCAAAACCCUCCCUACUUGCCACCUACGAGCAAGAGAGGAGGAAGAUCGCCCAAGACCUUAUCAACUUCGACUACGAGCACGCGAAUGCAUUUGCCAACGGAGAUUCAAAGGCCUUGGCAGAGAACUUCCGCAAGAAUGUAGCAUUCAUCUCCGGCUUCGGCACCACUUACGAAUACAAUGUCCUCAACAUCCCCUCCAAAGGUCUCAUCCACGGCAGCCUCACACCGGGCUGUCUACCUCCCCCCGCAAAAGUCACCAGAUACAUGGAUGCCAACCCAGUCGACAUCCAAAAUGAUAUCCCGGCCCUAGGCCAAUUCCGUAUAUACUUCUUCGCACACAACGUCCACGACGCGAAACCGUUCCUAGACACUGUCUGCGCUAGCCACAUAUCUCAUUCCUCUACCGUCGGCAAGAUCACAUCGGCCGGCAACGCAUCAUACACUAUCCAACCUCCUCUCGACGCACCACAUGAUGGGUUUGUCUGCCCUGAGCGCUACACGCCCGUGAGCACUGUAUUUACGUAUUCACUCGUUACCGACAUGUCUCGCAACGACGUCGAGAUUGCGGACCUAACACAGGUCCUUCGCGAUAGCAGGUGGACGUUCUAUCUUGACGACGUUCCUGAAAUGGACACGCGCAAGCAGACUUGUAUCGACAAGUGGCUUGGUGGUCUGGACACCCACGAGGUGGCCGUCGUGAAUGUGAGGCCGGAUGGGUAUGUCGGUGCUUUCCGGAGCUGGCCGGUAGGCACAAGGGAAAGCGGGUUGAGCGCAAUAGAGUGGAUGGAUCGGUAUUAUGAGGGUUUCAUGAAAGGGCAUUAAGAGGGUCACUGGGCACAUGUUGGAUAUGGGUGGAGCAUAUAGACUACCAAAAAGUAGAUGUGGUGGCCGCAUAGAACUUGGUUGGAAUAAAGCACAAUACCAUAUUUCCU